CAUUUUGGAGGCUUUCCUGCAUGUGACAGGCCCACAUUCAUCAUGGAGAAGAUGCUGAGCUUUGGAGGGGAUUCAGGAAAGCAUAGCAGUGACAUCCAGAGGCUUGUAAAGUGAGAUGCAGCUAAGGAUUAAUGAGAUAAACCAGCAGAGGACUCUGGUUAAUCUGCCCGUUCUGCUCCCCUCGAUGCAAUGACCUACAAUACUUCAAUCAGUAACUUAGACUGUAAACCUCAAGAGCUAGUUAUUUUCAUCCCUAUUUUACUAAGUGUGAUUUUUCUAAUCGGUUGUAUCCUGAGUAUUUUGAGCAUUUAUACCUUUUGGUUUCGCUUCAAGAAAUGGAAAACGGGGAUGAUCAUCCAGUUUAAUCUGGCUUUAUCAGAUAUGACAAUCCUGCCAGCAGCACCAUUUAUGAUCAGCUCCUUCUCCAUGGCGAAUCAUUGGCCAUUUGGACAAUUCCUGUGUCAGCUUAAAGUGUUCUUGUUAUUCAUACAUAUGUAUGGCAGUAUCUACUUUCUCACUUUGGUGAGUGUGCAUAGGUAUAUCACAGUUGUACGUUUGACUAAACACAAUAUUUUUAAGAACCAAAGAUUUGUGAAGUCAGCUUGCAUUGGCAUAUGGAUUUUCCUCUUUAUAAGUGCAUUGCCAUUCUUUUUUGUCCUCAAGACGUCUGAAGGGUACAACAUUACCCAAUGCUUGCGUAUACACCAAAAUGAAAUGUCAACUGUCUAUUUUACAUGGAGCAUGGUCAUUUUAUUUCCUGGGUUCAUCAUUCCAUUUGGAGUUUCCGUCACUUGCUAUAUCCUGCUUGGAUCUUAUAUAGUCAAAAUGGACACCAUCCUUGCAAGUGGAAAGGCAAUGAAGCUGAAAUCAAUGGGGAUGAUUGCUGUGUCCCUAGUUACAUUCGUUGUUUGCUGUCUGCCAGUACAGAUGUCACGUUUAGUUGCUGUUGCAGUGAAACAGUUCCACUCUGAGAAUUGCAAGUUGCUGUACAAGAUCGAAGAUUUUUACUACACGUCUAUUGUGCUUGCCAAUGUGAACUGUUGCCUAGAUCCUCUUCUCUAUUGGUUUUCCAGCAGAAAAUUCCAAGAAGCUUUCAAAAGUACUCUAAGUGCAUUCAGAUGCCUUUGUAAAGAGCCGAAUCAAAGUAGCUUCAACACAGAAAACUCAUCUACAGCAGCAAGACCCAUUGAUUAGACAAUUUAAUGAUUUGACAGAGUUGAAUAUAAAUGACCCUUCAUUGUACUUAUAAUUAUCUUAUACAUGAACGCAGUUGAGCAAAUUUUAGUGUAUCAAUUACAACUAGAGAACUGCAAGAUAUCACAUUUUAACUAUUACCUCCAACAAUACAGAUGUUUCAUUGGCUACAGUUGUGUUGAAGUGUCUUGACAGGUGAACAAUGCUGUAUG